AUGUCGUUAGAUCACUUGGGACACUUGCCCAAGCUGCUAUUGAUCAUAAAUGACAUUCUCAUGGAAAUCAAAUACAUGGGGGGACUGAAAGUCCUGUUGCAGUUCAACGACUCCAUCACUGCAAAGGAGUUCAGAGAUAAUAAGCAACGAUGGCAAGAACACCUGAAAUGGGUUGACUGGGGAGACAAGAUAGAACGAGAAUUUGAUAGGGUUGCAUGGAUUAGGAUCAUGGGUCUUCCUCUACAUCUAUGGGGGGAAAGUAACUUUGCAAAAAUAACAGAAGGAUAUGGGGCCACAAUUGCACCAUUUGAUGAACUUCCUAAUCGUGUGGAUCUUUCCUGUGUAAAAAUCGGAAUUCUCACUGAAAGAAGGACGAGAAUAAAUGAAGAGAUUUUUGUAUCAUUCGAAGGAGAGCUUAUAAAACUUGGUAUUAUUGAAUUCGAUGAAGAUUGGUUUCCUUUUAAGUUUGAUCCCAACGAAGAUUACUAUGAGAAAGAAGAACCAAGUGAAGUCGGUGGAACUGAUGAAGAAGACGACGAUGAAGAUGGAGUCUCUGAUACGUGGAUGCAGGAAGACAACGGUGAAAAGGAGGAAGGAGAAAUUAGUCCAGUCUUCAAAGGCAAGGAAUAUUCAGCUGUAAGGGAGGAACCAAUUCAGGGUGAAAGGUCGCCGACGGUGAGCAAAAUCUUGGUUAUGCCGGAGGAAUCGACGGUGUCGGUUAGAGUAGUCCAAGAGACAUCUCGGAAUCCACAACGACCGUUGACAGUUCCUAUGGAGUCAGAUGGAUCGCCGCCUGGGAACCAUACGGCAAUAAUUAGUAACGGUACACCCUCAUCUCCCCAGAAUCGAGAAGAUACGAUUAGGCCCACUGAAGCAAUUACCACCCCCCCCUCCAAUGGCCCACGCGAAUAA